GCUAAAAGAAAAAAAAAGAAGAAGAAGAAGAAAGGACCUUGAUUUCAACCCAACCCCAACAGUUAUAACUACUGUAGUAUAACAUGCAUUCUGCACAAAAAUAAACAAAACUAGCCGUUACGAUUACCAUUAUCCCAAAACGAAGCCCCCUUCUUAUACUAUCCUCAACCCCUUUACCUCCUCUCUCUCUCUCUCUCUCUCUCUCUCUCUCUCUCUCUCUCUCUCUCUCUCUCUCUCUCUCUCUCUCUCUACUUUUUCCAUACUCCUAUGCCAGGCUUUCCAUUCUGAAAAAGCACAAUCGAGACCAGUGGUGUUCUUCCUAAAUCAUCUGGUUUUAGUUUUCUCAUAUACUUAGUUUAUUGUAGUGUCCAUAAGCAUAUCAGUAGUAUUUAGCUAAUGAAUCAAUUGGGCAAAAACCCAUUUCAUUACAUGCAUUUCAUUCUAGAAAGUACCAGCAUUUCUAGUUGUGUUUUCCUUCUGCUCCUGUUUUCCGCUUUCGGUUUUGUUUCAGGGCAAGAUGGGGACGGAGUGGUCAUGACGCAAUCAGAUUUCCAAGCCCUCAAAGCCAUCGAACAAGACUUGAUCGAUCCGAGACGAGUUUUGAAGAGCUGGAAUGGUUCUAUCAACGGAUCUUGCUCUGGUGAAUGGGUCGGCAUCACUUGUUUAAAAGGGGAAGUCGUUUCCAUCAGCCUUCCGUGGAAAGGAUUGGGUGGGAAAAUCUCCGAGAAAAUCGGACAACUUCAAUCCCUUCGAAGACUAAGCCUCCACGACAAUUAUCUCACCGGUCCGAUUCCUGAUUCCCUUGGAUUACUCCCCUAUCUCAGAGCGGUUUAUCUCUUCAACAACCGGCUUUCCGGCUCGAUCCCUCUUUCCAUUGCCCAAUCCUCUGGUCUCCAGACUCUACAUCUCAGCAACAAUAAACUCAGCGGCACAAUCCCACCUACUCUUUCAAACUCCACCAGAAUUUACAGACUCAAUCUCAGCUUCAACUCGUUAUCGGGUUCCAUACCGGGUAGUCUCACUCAAUCCCCUUCGCUAACCUUUCUAUCUCUCCAAUACAAUAACCUCUCUGGUUCUGUUCCAGAUUCAUGGGGUGGACAAGGGGGUAAAGUAUAUCAACUUCAAGUCUUGACCCUUGAUCACAACCACCUCAAUGGUUCUAUUCCGGAAACUAUUGGGAACAUCUCUGGAAUCACCCAACUUGAUUUUUCCUACAACAAUUUUACUGGGCUAAUCCCAAUUUCACUAUCCAAUUUACACAACCUCACUUAUUUCAAUGUCUCCUACAAUAACCUUUCCGGCACUGUUCCGACCCUCCUUUCCGAAAAAUUCAAUUCGAGCUCUUUCGUGGGUAAUUUGCAGCUGUGUGGGUAUAGUAGUUCCUCCCCAUGCCCUUCUUCUCCCCCACCACAAGUUUCUCCAUCCCCUUCACCGGAGGGCUUACAACAUAGCCAUCGAAAAUUAAGCACAAAAGACAUAAUUCUCGUAGCAGCUGGAGCUCUUUCACUGGUUUUACUCCUACUGUGCUUUCUUUUGCUUUGUUGUUUGAUCAGGAAAAGGGCUAAAAAAGCAAAGAAUGGCAAGAACACUGGGCGGGUUGAGAAGGCAGUCCCUGCAAGUGGGGGCGAAGUUGAAUCUGGAGGUGAGGUUGGGGGUAAGUUAGUCCAUUUCGACGGGCCAUUUGUGUUUGCAGCUGACGAUUUGCUCUGUGCAACCGCGGAGAUAAUGGGGAAGAGUACUUACGGGACGAUAUACAAGGCGACUUUGGAAGAUGGGAAUCAGGUGGCGGUGAAAAGGCUGAGGGAGAAGGUGGCAAAAGGACAGAAGGAGUUUGAAACUGAAGUGGUUGCCAUUGGAAAGAUUAGGCAUAUGAAUGUGUUAGCCCUUAGAGCAUAUUACUUGGGACCUAAAGGAGAGAAGCUUCUUGUCUUUGAUUAUAUGCCUAAUGGGAGUCUUGCAUCCUUCCUCCAUGCCAGAGGCCCUGAAACAGUUGUAAAUUGGCCAACAAGGAUGAACAUAGCAAUGGGCAUCACAAGAGGACUGUGCUAUCUUCACAACGAGGAGAAUAUAAUCCAUGGGAAUCUAACAUCAAGCAACUUGCUUCUCGACGAACAAACAAACCCCAAGAUCUCAGACGUUGGCCUCUCCCGGCUCAUGACUAGCGCUGCCAACGCCAACGUGAUUGCAACUGCAGGCACACAGGGCUACCGUGCACCCGAGCUCUCAAAGCUCAAAAACGCCAACACAAAGUCCGAUAUCUACAGCCUGGGAGUGAUCAUACUAGAGCUCCUAACAGGGAAAUCCCCCGGUGAGGCAACAACAGAUGGUGUUGACUUGCCUCAGUGGGUGGCAUCGAUUGUGAAAGAGGAGUGGACUAAUGAAGUGUUUGAUGUGGAGCUUAUGAGAGACGAUGCGUUCAAUUCAGGGGAUGAGUUGCUUAAUACGUUGAAGUUAGCUUUGCACUGUGUCGACCCUACUCCAUCAGCUCGGCCUGAAGCUCAGCAAGUUCUUCAGCAGCUGGAGGAGAUUAAGCCCGAGAUGGCUGCAGUUUUAGUUGAUGAUGGUGACAAAGCUGCUGGAGGAGAUUAAAGUAUUUCUUACAAGACGGGAUUGCAACAUUAUUAGUACACACAUAGAAGGAAUGGUUUAAGCUAUUUUUGGGAUUUUUUCCAUUGUAUUUCAUUAAUUCAUUGAAUGUGUAUACAGGGCUAUAUCAGUUUAUUUCAUUUGGUUUGUUCAUCUAGGAUUGUAAUACAUUCUUUUUGUACGUACUCCUAUCAAAACAAAAUAAAUGAAUCACUUAUUUGGCGGAA